GGUCUGAGAAGCUUCUAAUCAAAAUAAGCUUCGUCUUCCCCGGGAAGAGUCAGUCAAUUAAUAAUGGCGUUUGCUGCUAGAAUCCAAUCAGCGUAGCAGCAGAAAAGAACUCGUGAAACGUCCAUUCGAACAGAUCCAACCUUUUCCAUAUCUUCAUCUUCUUCUUUAGUGGUGAGACGAGUGGAAGAUGAAGUGCGAGAGGCACCCCUUCGAGGCCGGUGUGGGCGUCUGCGCCUCCUGCCUUCGCGAGCGCCUCCUCGCCAUCACCGCCCCCGCGCAGGCGGCCUCCUCUCCGGAGCACCCGUCGCCUCUUCCCUUCAAAUUCCCCCGCUCCGUCUCCCCCUCCGGUUCUCGGCGGUACUCUUCCGUGGUCUCCGCCCUCUUCGGCUGCCACGGACCCGGCGACCGUGACAGGACGCCCCAGAAAUCGAGGUCUUGGCUCUCUGCGCUCCUCCGUGGCCGCCGGAAGAAGAACAUGUCGAGCGUGUACUCCCCGGAAGACGCCGCCGCAUGGCCGGGCCGGGACCCGGAUCCUGAGUUCCGGUACGAUGCCAAGUCUCCGUGCCGGUCGUGGCAUCGGAAGCGGCAACCGAUGAGGGAGCCAACGGGGGAGCACAACCACCGCGACCGCGACGAUCUGACAAGGUUCGCCACGUGCUUCAGCCCGCUGAUGAUCGCGAGCUACUCCCGGCGGCGGUCCCGGAUGGAGGAGAUCGGGUUCUCCGAGCUAGGCCCGCACCACCGCCGACGUGCGUCCACCGGCGGCCCGUUGCUGUACGCGGAUCCGCCGCGGAAGCUGGCCGCAUUCGUCACCGUUAGGUAACGGUUUUGCGCCCGUCAACCGUCGCCUUUUACUCCCCGUUGCGUCAUUAAUUCCGGGAAAAAUAGAAUUAAAAUAAAUUUCGUGCAUCUGCGCCAGAAAAUUAAAAAAAAAUAAAUCCUUGUAAUUCUGUGUGAAAUUUAGCUCAAAUAAAAUUUGAUGAAUUCCUUUGGGAUGCA